GAAAGUAUUCAGAGGGUGUGAAGGGGAGUUUGGAAGGGUGGGGGAGACUACACGGUGUGAGUACACAGUGUGUGAGGCAAUGUAACGAAGAGUACACACAGUAGUUCGGUUCAACACCACACCAGAGGUUAUCUGUCGUCUUGUGUCCUGAUCACAUCACCCACGUCAGCUGUGAACGCCAUUCUAUCAAUGUUCCACGGAGGACUUGUGACAGGAAUACACUUUGCAGGUAGCCUCCCCUGUGAUUUAUUGUGUUCAAGAAAAAAGAACUCUACAGAAACACUAAGGAAGUCAUGACUGGUAGAAGUGAAGUGGUUGUGGUGUUGGUGGGGAUGUGGUGGGUGGCCUCGGUGACCGGUGACUGCACUAAACUCAACUCCUGUUCCUGUCAAGCGGUUAACGGAGUCAUCGACUUGUCUCCCCUCAAAGCCAACAGCGGGGCGGCAUUUAAAGAUAUACAGGCUAGUGGGGAUAACUGGCUAUAUUCGUGGAAUCCCUGCAAAGAUUUCACCGAAAAGCAGUGCAAAACUGCUUCUGCCUGCCAAUUUAACCAAGAUAAAAGCGAUUCCCACAUAAUCGGAACACAAGACUCGGCAACUUUCUCAACUGUGGGGUCUGAUGUCUUGCUCACCUACUCUGCUGUAGAGUCCGGGGUUCUUGAGGUUAGAAAUAUACAAUUGUUUAUAUUGAUACAAGAAAAUUGCUUGAAGAUAAGAUGAGAGAGGGAAGCACAG